AUGGCACAUUAUGAUAUCCAGAAUAUUGGGAAUUUUCCUGUUGGUCUUCAGUUGUCGAUUAAAAUUGGAGAGUUUUCCUCCAAGAGUCCCCAUGACCAAGUCUUGGUCAUCAGCGAAGAGAUGAUAGAAUGGCCUAUUGCAUUCACAGAGACACCCCAAUCUGUGUGUAGCCAGAGCUGUGGCCCAGGAUUCAUGAAAAUACCACAGGAAGGAAAACCUGUCUGCUGCUAUACUUGUACUUUUUGUCCAGAGAGAUACAUUUCCAAUCAGACAGAUGCAGACCGGUGUGUCCAGUGUGCAGAGCGUGAGUACCCAAACAGUGAGAGAAAUCGCUGCCUCUCCAAGCUGGUGACCUUCUUAGCCUUCGAGGAUUCCCUGGGGAUGGCUCUGACCUGCAUGGCUCUGUGCUGCUCUGUCAGCACAGCUGCAGUGUUGGGUGUCUUUGUGAAGCAUCGACACACUCCGAUAGUCAAGGCCAAUAAUCGGUCUCUCAGCUACAUCUUGCUCAUCUCCCUCCUCCUGUGCUUUCUCUGUUCCUUACUCUUCAUUGGCCGUCCCCAAACAGCCACUUGUGUCCUCCAGCAAAUAAUGUUUGGCCUUGUGUUCACAGUGGCUGUUUCCACGGUGCUGGCCAAGACCAUCACCGUGAUUCUGGCCUUCAAGGUUACGAAACCUGGAAGAACCAUGAGGCAAUUGCUGAUAUCAAGAGUUUCUAACUCUGUCAUUCCCAUCUGCUCCCUGAUCCAGCUGAUUUUUUGUGGUAUUUGGUUGGGAACCUCUCCUCCCUUUCUUGAUAGAGAUGCUCACGCUGAGCAUGGCCACAUCAUCAUUGUGUGCAACAAGGGCUCAGUCACUGCCUUCUAUUGUGUCCUGGGAUACCUGGGCUUCUUGGCCCUGGCGAGCUUCACUGUGGCUUUCCUAGCCAGGAAUCUGCCUGACACAUUCAACGAAGCAAAGUUCCUGACGUUCAGCAUGGUGGUGUUCUGCAGUGUCUGGGUCACCUUCCUCCCUGUCUAUCACAGCACCAAGGGGAAGAUCAUGGUAGCAGUGGAGGUCUUCUCCAUCUUGGCCUCCAGUGCAGGGCUCCUGGGUUGCAUCUUUGCUCCCAAGUGCUAUAUCAUUCUCAUAAGACCUGAGAGGAAUUCUUUGAAAGAGUUUAACAACAGGAAAUGCUCUAAGGGAUGGUGA